AUGGUUCUCGAGGCGGUGAUGGUUGUCGUAGACAACAGUGAGAGCAGCAGAAACGGAGACUACCAGCCCACAAGAUUUGACUCACAAGUCGACGCCGUCAAUGUUCUGUUCCAGAGCAUUACUCAGGGAAAUGCCGAGUCCUCAGUUGGCCUGAUGAGCAUGGGAGGGAAGGGUCCCGAGGUGCUCGUCACUCUUACCACCGAGCAGGGCAAGAUAUUGGAGGGUCUGCAUCGAACGAAGAAGAAAAUUGGCGGCUCGUCUCACCUCAAGACCGGCAUCCAGGUUGCUACGCUCGCCCUGAAGCACCGACAGAACCGAUCCCAGCGGCAGCGAAUCAUAGUCUUUAUUUGCUCCCCAAUCGAAGAGAGCGAGAAGGAGCUGAAGCAACUGGCCAAAAAGAUGAAAAAGGGAAACAUUUCUGUAGAUUUCAUCCUGUUUGGAGAUCUCGACGCCGACGACACGCAGAAGAAGCUGCAAGUUUUCAAUGACGAGGUCAAGGGCAGCGAGGGCUCGCACUUGGUCGUCAUCCCACCCAGCAGCAAGUUGUUGAGCGAUCAGCUUGUGGCUACUCCAAUACUACUUGGCGAGGGUGCCGUGGGAUCGGGCGGUGCCGGCGGAGGCGGCAGCAUGGGCGGAGGCAACGAGGAGUUUGAAUUCGGGUUCGACCCCGCCAUGGAACCCGAGCUUGCCCUCGCUUUGCGCAUGAGUAUGGAGGAGGAGAAGGCGAGACAAGAAAAGCGAGCCCGCGAGGAGGAGGAAGCUGCUAAGAAGGCAUCCCUUGGAAGCGUCAAGGAAGAGGACGAGUCCGGUCCGUCUGGAGGCGGAGAUAAAAAGGACGGCGGCGACAAGAUGGACACAUCGUAA